AAAACGAAAACAAACUGGAAAAAUAAAGAAAACUGAAGAGCUGACUAAGAAGCAACAUGAAAAGAAAAAAAGACAGUGGUCAGUUAUUUUUUAGUGCCAUGGUAAAAUGCUUCAUGUUUUUUAGGUAAACGUUGAAAUGUUGUCCUGUUUAUUCCUGUUUUAAUGUUUUUCUUAUACAAGGUAUAAGAAAAAGUAUACAAGGCUCAGUAUAAAUCUCAGACUAGUAUACUUAUUAUCAUUACCCAAAUAAUUAACCUCAUUACUGAAACCUAUAUAUCAUUACUGAAACUCAUGAUUAUUAGAUGUUAAUUUAAUUAAUAGAGAUAUAGUACUUUGAUGUUAAAUGCAUGUGCAGAAUCUUAAAAUGAUGUUCUCUCAGGUUUGUCACGUCAUUCUGAAAAAAUGUCAGGUUUCUUCAAAAUAUAAAGAAAAAAUGUUUGUAAAUUGUGGACGGUGUUGCGGUAAUGAGAGAAAUCAGUCAAAAUUUAAAAAACUGUUAAAUUAAAAAUAAAUAUUAUUUCAGAACUUGAAGUAACUGUGCAUGACUAUUAAUAAUCCAUUUUUAAAACUGUGAAAAUGUAUUUGCUUUUCUAUCAGUGUUAAUGUUUUCACAGUGUUGCAGUAAUGAGAUUUUUUAGGACUUAUUUUGGAAAUUAUGUUCAAAAAGGUGUUAAAUGGUAAGUAAAAGUUUUUAAAUUAAUGUUCACAAACACUCCAGACUUUGUUGCUAAUGUCUAAAAAAAAAAAGUUAAUUUAAGCAUUUUUAAAAUUUUCAUGUUUGAAAUUUUUAAAACCAAGAUUUCGUGAGAAUCACCCAGAUAUGUGUGUAAAUGUUUGUAGAGGAAGUGUUGGAGUAUGCUGUAAAAACAUCGAUUUUAAAGUACUAUCCGCUGUCGUCUGCACUCUGCAUGCUAAUCUUUGUUUUAAAAUUGUUCUUCUGAUGUCUGAAGGUCCAGAGAGUGCUGAGGGUAAACCCAUGGGCUUGGAAUCGAAGUACAAGCACCUGUUGGAGCUGUUAAGGAGGACAGCGGUUCACGGUGAGAGUAACUCUUUGCAUAUCAUCGGUCCAUGUGGAUCUGUUAAAACCAUGCUGCUACGUUGUGCUCUGAGAGAGCUGCUGGACUUGCAGGAGGUGAAGAUGAAUGUCCUGCAGGUUCACCUGAGCAGUCUGCUGCAGAUGGACGACCGGAUCGCUCUGAGAGAGAUCACACGCCAGCUUCAACUGGAGAACGUCGUAGGAGACAAAGUGUUGGUGAGUGUGUUCCAGAUGUCUGUCUUCCUCCCUGUCUGUCUGUCUGCAGGUGAUAAAAGCAGCAGUCAGCCAGUGUUCUUCAUCCUGGAAGAGUUUGAUCUGUUUGCUCAUCAUAAGAACCAGACGCUGCUGUACAACCUGCUGGAUGUUUCUCAGUCUGCUCAGGCUCCUGUAGCUGUGGUGGGACUCACCUGCAGACUAGACGUUCUUGAGCUCUUGGAAAAGUGUGAGAAGUCUCGUUUUUCCCACAGACAGAGUCACCUGUUGAGUUCUCUGACUUUCCGUCAGUAUCGAGACGCCUUUCGGUCCGAGCUCACGCUGCAGGAUGACUUCCCCGACAGCAAGUUCUCUCAAGAGUGGAACCUCUGCGUCUCGGUACGACACACCGCAUCACGAACCUGAACUGAAGUGUUACACUGCUCACAUGUGAACAUACACACUGCUGGAGGAAGCUCACGUGUUUUCCUCGAUUGUACAUAGCACGUGUUCUCUCUCCUCGUCUUCCUCACCACUGAUGAUGAUGAUGAUGAUGAGGGAGUAAUUAUAAUGAUCCAAUUCUAACCAUGACAACCAUGAUUUGACCAAGCAUGACCA